UUUUUAUUUUCCUUCCGCCCCCCACAAAACUCCAAUUUCUUCAACAAAAAUCUACUCUCUGAAAAAAGCCAUGAACGCCAGAGCUCUUCUCAUCUGUUUCCCCUCAGAUUUCCACUCAUCUCCCAAACACAACUUUCCUCCCGACAUUUUCAUUCCGAGAAAAUCGCAAUUUCGUCUUCAUUUUCGGUUUCGGUUUCGGUUUCAUGUCUCGCGUGGAAUUUCGGUAACGAAGAAAGGUUUGGUUCGGAGGAGGGGAAUUGGGAAAGUAUGGGCUGAAGUGAAGUCGGAGCAGUACGACGUCGCUGACUCUGUCCCCGAAGCGGUCAAGUUCAAGGACUCUCUCAGCGACGUCGUUUUGGACGAUUUGGAUGAUGCUGCUGCUGCUGCGGUUUCCUGGAGGGAAGAGUUCCCCAAGCGUUGGGUGAUUGUAAUCCUCUGCUUCUCCGCAUUUCUACUCUGCAAUAUGGAUAGAGUAAACAUGAGCAUUGCCAUACUUCCGAUGUCCCAAGAGUACAACUGGAAUCCAGCAACUGUUGGUUUGAUACAAUCUUCUUUUUUUCUGGCGGUUACCUUCAUUACUCAGGUUGCUGGAGGUAUUUGGGCAGACAAAGUUGGUGGAAAGCUUGUUUUGGGAUUUGGCGUGGUAUGGUGGUCUAUUGCCACGGCUCUAACACCCAUUGCUGCGAGGGUUGGUUUGCCUUUCUUGCUUGUGGUUCGUGCCUUCAUGGGAAUUGGUGAGGGUGUUGCCAUGCCAGCAAUGAAUAAUCUCCUAUCAAAGUGGGUUCCUGUAGCUGAGAGGAGUAGAUCGUUGGCCCUGGUAUAUAGUGGAAUGUACCUUGGAUCUGUGACUGGUCUAGCAUUUUCACCAUUAUUAAUACAUAAUUAUGGGUGGCCAUCUGUCUUUUACUCCUUUGGUUCUCUUGGAUCAGUUUGGGUUGCUGUAUGGCUCACUAAGGCAUACAGUUCACCUCUUGAUGAUCCCCAACUGCGGCCUGAAGAAAAGAAGUUAAUCCUUAAAAACAGCAUAUCAAAGGAGCCUGUCAAAUCAAUACCUUGGAGAUUAAUCUUGUCAAAAGCACCUGUGUGGGCAUUAAUAGUGUCUCACUUCUGUCACAAUUGGGGAACAUUCAUUCUUCUAACAUGGAUGCCUACAUACUAUAACCAGGUCUUGAAGCUCAAUAUUACGGAGUCUGGGCUCUUCUGUGUAUUGCCCUGGCUUACAAUGGCAUUUUCUGCAAAUCUGGGAGGAUGGAUUGCAGAUACACUAGUGAGCAAAGGUGUAUCUGUGACCAAGGUUCGAAAGAUCAUGCAGACUAUUGGAUUUCUUGGCCCUGCUUUUUUUCUGACUCAGUUGAGCCAUGUUAAUUCUCCUGCAAUGGCCAUUUUGUGCAUGUCGUGCAGCCAGGGGACCGAUGCAUUCUCUCAGUCUGGUUUGUAUUCAAACCAUCAAGAUAUCGCCCCUCGAUAUUCCGGGGUAUUGCUUGGUCUAUCCAAUACUGCUGGAGUGCUGGCAGGUGUUUUUGGAACUGCAGCAACUGGUUACAUUUUGCAACACGGUUCUUGGGAUGAUGUCUUCAAGGUUUCAGUUGGACUCUACUUGGUUGGAACCGUGGUUUGGAAUCUUUUCUCAACCGGUGAGAAAAUAGUGGAUUAAGUCUCAUGAAUAGGUCAUUAGGAUGCGAAGAUUCAGGCUUCACAUGGCCCGAGCCAAAAAUGGAGAGAAACAACCGGAGGAAUUGAUAGAAGUAAACUCGGUUAAAUUGUUGUUUGGCUGAAAAUUUUUGAACGCCAAGCAAAGAGUUCGGAAACAUAAUUAUGAGAAGGCCAUGGCCAUGUUGCCGUUGCUCCUGCACCAUCUCAAUGAGGAGAGAGUAAAUAUGCAAAAAUAACAUUGACACAGCUUAUACAUGUAUGUAUUGAUAAAAACCAACACAUCAAUUUGUGAUCAUUAGUGUAACAUCUUUUCCAUUUUGUAGUU